AUGUCGCCCAUGCUCAACUGGCCAAAUGACCACGACGCAGCUCUGCCACAAACCCAAUGUGCAACCAAUAUGGACGAGCCUCGCCGCCGUCGCAAACACGACGACCGCGACCGAGAGUCGAAGUCGUCCUCGCUGAGGGAGCAUAAGCACCGAUCGUCGAAGAAGAGUUCGAGCAAGCAGCUCUCUAGCGAAAGUCUGGAUCGGGAGUCCCGCAGGUCAGCCACCUCCCACAGUCAGAGGGCGGCGGGUAGCAGGACGUCCCUCCGGGAGUCUGUAAGGGAAUCACCUCGCAAAAGCAGUGGUCUUCCUGAAAUGGACCGUCGUCCAAGCGGUGCAAGCGGUGAAGUGAGAUCGCAGACGUCAUAUCCCUCCUUCAGCAAAGCACACAGCAGAGAGGCCGUAGGCAGCAGAGAGGAUGUCAAGGCUUCACGACACACGCCAGACACAGCAGAUCUGGCCGAUGACAUUCCCAGGCGGAGGAACUCUUCUCCUGCGAAAGCGGCACCAGCACCCUCACGAGCGCCUCCCAGCCCACCACUCACUGAAGACGACCCCGACAUCAGGCGCUCUGGGAGCGGCAAGAGCAUGCGAGAGACCGCGGAGGACGUGAAAGCUAGGAUGGAGCAUAGCAGGCGUAGCAAUGACAGCCCGCGCAGCAAUGGUAUGCAGAGCGCGAAGUCUGGCGCGAGUCUGCGGAAAGAGGCACGCUUUCAGGAAUCCGAGAUCUCGAGCAUGCCAGGCGCAUUCCCAGAGGACGAAGGCAAAUCUACACCAAACAGCAGCUAUCGCAGGACAGAGUCGACAGCUGCAUCUCAGCCUCCUUCCACCCUCACCGAGGAUACCACAGACUCCGACGCGACAUCAAUCGCGCCAGAUCGCAAACCCAGCCGUGCGCAAAGGCGGCCUCCGAAUCUUGCAACGAACGAUUCUCCUUCAUCUUUCGAUGAUUCGCAACCAAAGACACCCGUUCAGGACUAUGCGCCAUUCUCGGCAGGAGCGCGGGCCACACCCAUCAUCGAUGUUGGUAUCGCGAACAAAGCUGUGCCGCAUUCCAUGAAGACGCCAAUGACUGCGAGACAAGUACCUCUGCCACCACCUCCACCUCCACCGCCGAUAUCCGGACCGAAAGAGGCACCAAGAGUUGAUUACCUGCUCAAGUAUGGCGGUUUGCCGACUCCUGUGCCCAAGAGGUUGGUUCAGUCACCUGCGCCGAUUCAGCAGUACAAUGUAUACCAGUCACCAGCUCUCGCUUCAGCAGCUCCACUCGAAGAGUACGCCAAGGUCUUCUCUACUGUGCAUAAGAGGUUGGAUGACUACCUUCAUGUCAUACACAGCAAUGGCUCUCUGGCAGUUGCUACUGGGUACAAGUCAGUCGCCCGCAGAUUGUUGGAUAAGCUAUCACAGGUGUUCGCGCGAGACAUUUCUUCACAACGAUGCGACUGCGUAGUAUGCAAGACUACUCCACAACCGCACAUGUCGGACGAGGAAGAGAAUGGCGUGAGUUGGGGAGAAAUACUUGAGUUUGUGGCUGGUCGUCGAGAGCUACCGCAAUGGCCGCCAUUCUCGAUACAGCCUGACGAGAGUGGGUUGGGCAUAUCAGGCGCAACGGCUGCACCUAUGCAAAAGCUCGACAUUGAUGUUCCCGAAGAGUACCGAGAUCACUACAUUCGGCAGAAUCAGAAGACGAAGAGAGCCGUACAGAGUUGGCUAUCACAGCAGCCGGAAGUGCCAUCGAGCCCGCCCGAAGAAGCUGAUGAAGACACGCUUAUGUUUGCGAUGAUGACAAAGUUGACAGUACAGCAGAGGAAUCUCUUCAUCGCUCUGAUGCACGGACAAAGUUUCAUCUCCGAAGCAAGGGCGCCGACACCUGCAGAACGACCAUCUGCUGCAUCCAACGCCCUGCGGCGCGCGAAGAAAGCUCUCCAGCGGCUAUACAGGCUAGAACGACCACCACGGGAUUGCGAGGCUGCUAUGUACUUGCUGAACAAUCCUCAUUUGCAUGGGAUGCUUGCAACUCUUGCUGAAGUGAACGAAGCAGAGUGGGACAUCUUGAUAUCUGGCAGAUUCGACGGCUUCCUCUGGUCUGGCGCAGAAGCACCGUUUCCACCUUCAGCAUCACAAUGGGGAUCGCAAAGAGCACCUUCGCGCGGAGCUAUGGGCGGUCCACAGUCACGUAACACAACACCUUUCAGCGGGUUCAACGCAGUACCCUCGCGGAAUCCAACCCCUUUCAGUGGAAUCAGCCCGGAUGGCAUACCAAUGCCUUCGAUGUUCCCAUCUCGUGGACCUACACCUGGGCCCAACGGCAUGGGAGUCGCGCCGCCUGCGCCAGUCCAGCUGGACGAGGACACUGAGAUCGCAGUCGCGGCUGAGCUGGAACGAAACCUAUUCCUGGAUAUGGAGCGUCUGGAAGAUGCCUUUGAGAUCUUGCACGGUCGCGCCGAGCUUGUGCGACAAAUGCUGCGCGAACGAUCAGCGGGUCUUUCAGCUCAGGCACAGCUUCGUCGUGGCAGUGGCUUUGGUGAUCCUGUUGGUGUGAGGUUGGACACGCCUGCUAGCGGCGUUACAGACUUCGAAGAGGAAGAGGAUGAUGGUCUGGGCGAUACUGCCAGUCUGGCUCCCGAUGAUUCUGCCAGCCAGAUCAGUGUCAAUCGAAGACAUCGACAUAGGAGGGAACGCAAGACCCCGAACCCGGAGACUGUGCCUGAGGAGAACGAGAGUGUUUUUGAAGAACACGAAAGGACGAGGAAGGAAAGGAGUGGGAGACGGUCGAGAUAUUGA